GGUGCGAUAGGAUCGUUCCUAGUUGGACUCCACUGGAGAAGAAGUCGUCGCGAUUGCUACCGUGUGAUAUUUAGUAGUUAUUCCCCCUAAUUUUGUUGGAGUUCGCGCAAUUCUGGACUCGGUUCUACUUGUAUUCUGUGGGUCAUGUGCUACAUAGAGCUUGAUUAAAAUACUUGGGUUAGUUGAGAGCGGACAAAAAUUGUGCUCGACGAGUAUAAAUUUUGUGGAGUAUUAAUUUCAAACAAGUGCAACACUUGUUGAUCUAAAAAUCGUGAAAAAUUCCUGUGAAGUCUGGGUGGGAUAUCAGUGAUAAUGUGCUACAGGAGCCCUACCGUAUACUGGAUGAUAAUAAUGCUCUAGAAUGAGAGUACACACGUGAUGAUUUGGAUAUAUGUAGCAUCUAAGUGGAAUUGCGGUGAUAAUAGUUCAUCGACAAAUUGGUGAUAAAAGAGAUAGUAAUUGUAAGCUGCAUUCAACCGGUACGCAUUGAGUGGUCGUAGGGAUUUAACAAAGUGUAAUAGUCAAUGCGUUCGUCCAUAAUGUGGAGCUGUUGUUUGGGCUGGAAAUAAAUAGCAAAACCAAUGGAAUAAAUGUUACCGGAAUGGAUUUGGUGGAAUAAUUCGGGCGUAUGAAGCGAGUGCACUAAGUGUCGUUUAAAAAGUGUGAUUUCAUCCAGAAAAUAGGUUCCAUUAAAUUUGAAUUGGAAUACUGAGCAGAGUGAAAGUGUUGGGUGGUUCAACGGUUAUAGAUCCAGUGCUUUUUGUAGAUUGUUUCAUGUGAACGAGUGAAUGAAUAAGAAUUGACGAUACCAUCACGGCUCCAAUGACGGACAUUCGCCGGCCAUAGCUCGGAAUCGAGCCGGGUGCCCGGGUGGAAGACAAUGGCAACUAAUCUAUCAUCAAUUUUGUUUGAAUCACUGUACACGAAUGCUGCCACUGCUACCGCUGCCAAUGGAUCUCCAUCGGACAGUUAUACGACUACUGAUGCGUUCAUCGGAACGCAAUGGACCCCGGCGGCAGCGUUGGGUUCCCUGUUGGCCACCGAGCGAUCAGAAACUUCACCCGAUGGCGCCAAUGGCACCGGAUGGAACAAAGUACCCCACCAACAACCCCUGCUGCUGGUGCCCUCCUAUCUGUCCACGUUGGCAACGAUGGCAGCGAAUAUCGUGGAAGCAAACACCACAACCAAUGUGACACUCUCCUACGAAGACUGUAGUCUACUAAAUGUGACCUAUGGCACGGAUGGCCUCAGUACGAGUCACCCGUGGAUACUCUGCCUGCCACAUGCACCCACCCUUAGCAAAACGGGCGUAAUUCGAGUGGUCGUCCUGUCGGCGAUGGCCAUCGUUUCCCUCCUAGGUAACAUUGCCACCAUGUGGAGCAUUAGAAAAAAUCGCAAAUCCCGUCGACUAGCGCGCCACAAUUGGAGCGCCAUCUACUCGCUGAUUUUUCACCUCUCUAUAGCGGACCUGCUGGUGACUGUGUUCUGUAUCAUCGGGGAGGCGGCCUGGAGCUAUACGGUCGAAUGGGUUGCCGGAACGGUGGCCUGCAAGCUGUUCAAGUUGCUCCAAAUGUUCAGUCUGUACCUGUCGACCUACGUGCUAGUGCUGAUCGGCGUUGACCGGUGGGUUGCCGUUAAGUAUCCGAUGAAAUCACUCAACACGGCCCGACGCUGCCAUCGCUUUUUGUGUGGGGCCUACUCGCUGUCGUUCCUGCUCAGCAUUCCACAGUGGAUGAUCUUUCGGGUAGCGAAAGGUCCCUUCCUGGAGGACUUCUACCAGUGUGUGACGCACGGUUUCUACACCGACCGGUGGCAGGAGCAGCUGUACACUACCUUCACCCUAGUAUUUAUGUUCAUCAUACCGUUGCUGAUUCUUAUUGGCACAUAUCUCUCCACAUUUAGGACUAUAUCAAGUAGUGAGAAAAUUUUUAGGAUAGAAACGUCGGCCGUGGACCGGUCUUACUAUCGCCGAUCGGACACCAACCGGCAACGACUGAUACACAAGGCCAAGAUGAAAUCCCUCCGAAUCUCCGUCGUGAUAGUGGUCGUUUUCAUCGUCUGCUGGACACCGUACUACAUCAUGAUGCUGAUAUUUAUGUUCCUCAAUCCGACCGAAAGGCUCGGCGAGGACCUGCAGACGGGCAUUUUCUUCUUCGGGAUGUCGAACAGCCUAAUCAAUCCGCUCAUCUACGGGGCGUUCCAUCUGAUACCGAUCCGAAGGCGUCGCAAUCAGUACAAUCAACAUGUAAGGGAAGGAUCGGUCUAUUUUCAACGGUCAUCUACCUGCAACAAUCAGAAUGGCAACCACCACCAGCAGUUGUUGCAGCAGCCAGCAUCUCCGCCACAGUUGGAACUCCAUUCGCAGCACCAUCAUCAUCACCAUUCCCACCAUCAUCAGCCGGUGCAGCCAAAAAACAGCUAUCUCGCCGCUAACCACAAGAUGUCUCACUCCCACUCGAACCUGGCGGAGGAAAUCUCGCUCAUGGCGCUGGAGAAGGAUCUCAAAAGUCUGGACGAAAACGUCAACCAGAUAAACCUGAAGGGCGCCUCUGGCGGCAAACGGAGCUUGGCGCGGAAAUUCUACUCCCUCAGUCAGCUGCUUCGCCGGACGCGGCCUACUAAGCUGUAAAUAUUGGCCACCUGUUUUCUCGGUGUGCAAACAGCCAGCGCUUACUUUGCUUCAUCCCUUUAAGAAAAAAACACCUGGCACGCUAUGUCCAAGGGAGGUUAUUAUGCAAAUUCAUGUACUUCAGAUCUUCGUUCGCAGAAUGUUGCUCUUGGUCGUAAGAAACAAGCUAGUGAAUACUUUUAAAUUAUCAUUUAUAGGUUUUACGGCUAACCAGCCGAGUGGAAAUUUGAACAACUACUGACUGGAUUA